AGACUGCCAGAGGGUGCAACAAAUCGUCAAAACUGAAAGGACAGAGUUUCAGCGAGUGAGAGUCUGGACUGGAGCUGUUGAACAGAGUAUAGACCAGAGAGUUCCCUCGAAGUCGAAGAAGAAGAAUAAGGGAAGAGACAAGAUAGAUGACACUGAUGAUGGCGUCACGCAUGGUGGCAGCUCGAUCCUUCGGGGUCGUUUCACAUUUGUCUUCCAUGCAAUCCCCAACUCCUCUCUCAGUUCGCCAGCUUAGCAUGGACGCAAAGGGCUUUGCUUCUCGGCUUGUUGAUGCUGGUCUAUUACGUAGUCAGGCUCUUAUUGGAGGGAAAUGGUCUGAUGCAUAUGAUGGGAAAACUAUAGAGGUUCACAACCCAGCAACUGGUGAUGUCAUAACAACCGUCCCAUGCAUGGGUCAAAAUGAGACAAAUGAUGCAAUAUCUGCAGCCUACAAUGCAUUCAGUUCGUGGAGCAAGGUCACUAGUGUUGAAAGGAGCAAGUGUUUAAGGAAAUGGUACGAUCUACUCAUUUCCCAUAAGGAAGAACUUGGACAACUCAUUACCCUGGAGCAAGGGAAACCUUUACAAGAAGCCAUGGGUGAGGUGACCUAUGGAGCUGGCUUCAUCGAGUUCUUUGCUGAAGAGGCAAAACGUGUAUAUGGUGAUAUAAUUCCAUCACCUCUUGCCGAUCGACGAUUGCUUGUCUUAAAGCAGCCUGUAGGUGUUGUUGGUGCGAUCACUCCUUGGAACUUCCCAUUGGCUAUGAUUACCCGCAAGGUUGGUCCUGCUCUUGCAUGUGGCUGUACAGUGGUCAUUAAACCGUCUGAACUUACACCCCUCACAGCCUUAGCAGCAGCUGAGCUUGCCCUGCAAGCUGGAAUACCGCCGGGUGUGGUGAAUGUAGUAAUGGGAAAUGCUUCUGCAAUUGGGGACGCUUUACUUGCAAGUCCGCAGGUAAGAAAAAUCACUUUCACAGGCUCAACAGCAGUUGGAAAGAAGUUGAUGGCUGGUGCAGCUGGGACUGUUAAAAAGGUAUCUCUUGAACUUGGUGGCAAUGCACCCUGCAUAGUCUUUGAUGAUGCAGAUCUGGAUGUGGCAGUAAAAGGAACUCUUGGAGCAAAGUUCCGUAAUACUGGACAGACAUGUGUUUGUGCUAAUAGGAUUAUGGUACAAGAAGGUAUCUAUGAAAAAUUUGUGGAUGCUUUUUCCAAAGCUGUCCAGAAGUUCCAAGUUGGGCAUGGCUUUAGUGAAGGAGUGACCCAGGGUCCUUUAAUCAAUGAAGCAGCAGUACAAAAGGUUGAGUCAUUUGUCAAAGAUGCCACAUCAAAGGGAGCAAAAGUUGUUCUUGGAGCCAAAAGGCAUAGCCUUGGAAUGACCUUUUAUGAGCCUACAGUUCUCAGUGAUGUCAAGAGUGACAUGAUUAUAGCAAGAGAGGAAGUAUUUGGACCAGUUGCACCUGUUUUGCGUUUCAAAACUGAGGACGACGCUCUCCGCAUGGCUAAUGAUACAAAUGCAGGGUUAGCUGCUUACAUAUUUACAAAUAGUGUACAACGAUCAUGGCGUGUUGCUGAAGCUCUUGAAUAUGGACUUGUUGGUGUCAAUGAAGGGUUAAUUUCAACAGAGGUGGCUCCUUUUGGAGGUGUCAAGCAGUCUGGUCUUGGACGAGAAGGUUCCAAGUAUGGAAUGGAUGAAUAUUUGGAAAUUAAAUACGUGUGCCUGGGGAAUAUGAACAGCAAGUGAUGUGCUUUGUUCCAAUGUUCCUUGCGAGCUUAAAACACAAGUUGGAACCUGAUGUAACCUUUUUGACUCCAUAAACAUGUUGUAUUGCAAAAUAAGUGUUUAGCUUUGAUGUAAUUUUGUGCAAAAAGAACGUGUCUUUGGUGUGCAGAACUGCAAGUCGUUAGUGUUAAUAUAAUUUUGCAAGAACAGAAAGUAGUUCCAUGAUGUUUCAAUUACGGUUU